CCGAAGAGAUCUUAGGUAGUGCGCAAAAACAUACAAUCAUGAAGCAGCUUCACUGGUUUAUUCUUCUUUUUCUUCGGCUGAACACUUUAAGUCAAGCAAGUGGCGGUGUCCUAAAAAAUCCAGCAGUUCACUUCAAUGAGUCUGAUGUAUAUACAACAGGCCAGCCUAUUCAAUUUAAAAUUACUGCCGAAACAAACGUGACCGAAUUCAAUAUCACUGCUGAAAUUAACAUGACUGAGUUCAAUAUCACUGCUGAAACAAACGUGACCGACUUCAAUACUACUGCUGAAACAAACGUCACCGAAUUCAAUAUCACUGCUGAAACAAACAUGACUGAAUUCAAUAUCACUGCUGAAACAAACAUGACCGAAUUCAAUAUCACUGCUGAAACAAACAUGACCAAAUUAAAUAUCACUGCUGAAACGAACGUAACCGAAUACAAUAUCACUGCCGAAACAAACGUGACCGAUUUAAAUAUCACUGCUGAAACUAACAUGACUGAAUUCAAUAUCACUGCUGAAACAAACAUGACCAAAUUCAAUAUAACUGCUGAAACAAACGUGGCCGAAUUCAAUAUCACUGCUGAAACAAACAUGACCGAAUUCAAUAUCACUGCUGAAACAAACGUGACCGAAUUCAAUACUACUGCUGAAACAAACAUGACCGAAUUCAAUAUCACUGCUGAAACAAACGUGACCGAAUUCAAUACUACUGCUGAAACAAACAUGACCGAAUUCAAUAUCACUGCUGAAACAAACAUGACCGAAUUCAAUAUCACUGCUGAAACAAACGUCACCGAAUUCAAUAUCACUGCUGAAACAAACAUGACCGAAUUCAAUAUCACUGCUGAAACAAACAUGACCAAAUUCAAUAUCACUGCUGAAACAAACAUGACCAAAUUAAAUAUCACUGCUGAAACGAACGUAACCGAAUACAAUAUCACUGCCGAAACAAACGUGACCGAUUUAAAUAUCACUGCUGAAACUAACAUGACUGAAUUCAAUAUCACUGCUGAAACAAACAUGACCGAAUUCAAUAUCACUGCUGAAACAAACGUGGCCGAAUUCAAUAUCACUGCUGAAACAAACAUGACCGAAUUCAAUAUCACUGCUGAAACAAACGUGACCGAAUUCAAUACUACUGCUGAAACAAACAUGACCGAAUUCAAUAUCACUGCUGAAACAAACGUGACUGAAUUCAAUACUACUGCUGAAACAAACAUGACCGAAUUCAAUAUCACUGCUGAAACAAACAUGACCGAAUUCAAUAUCACUGCUGAAACAAACAUGACCGAAAUCAAUAUCACUGCUGAAAUAAACAUAACCGAUUCAAAUACCACUGCUAAAUCAAACGUGACCCAUUCCAAUGAUGCUAUUACCAUAACGUUAUUUUACGGGGACGGUUCGAACCAUACUUAUUUCUCAACAGCUUCCGAAAUCCAAAGUGUAUACACUGCAGUGCCGAUUAAUCAUUCGUUCUCUUACCAAGGUAACUACUCAGUCUAUGGGGAACUUACAUGUAAUGGAUCCGUUAGUGUAACUCCAAGUAAAACAAUUUACAUCUGGAACCCAAUAAACAUGGAUAUAUCAUCAAAAUCCAUUGCAGCAGUUAAUGAAAAGAUUCAGUUCGUUUUCAUAUCACCUCCGGAGUGGAACGUCUAUUACACAAUUGAUUUUGGAGAUAAUAACAUUUCUCUACACCGAGCUGGAUCAUUUCAAAUUGCCUUUAUGGAUCGUAGUAUUGUUCAUUCGUAUGCACUGCCAGGGUUGUAUAAUGUAACGCUACAUGCUUGGAACUCAAUGUAUACCCAUGUUAACAGCACAAUAAUAAGGAUCGAGUAUCCGAUAUCCAAUGGAAGUUUAGCCGUCAAUAAAUUUGCUAACAAAAUUCCUAUUCCAGAUGGACAGGCAACCUUCACUUUAUCUUACUCAUCAACAAACCACGAUCCCUCUAAUGUUCGAUGUAUAUUUGAUUACGGAGAUAACAAUGAAACCCUCGCUGUAAACUUAACAAAUAGUCAAUCAAUUCAACGCAUUCACUUUUACAGGACAGCGGGACAAAUGAAUGUGGUAUUUACGUGCACAAAUGAUUUGUCUCAUCAAGUCGUAAAAACAGUUGUUAACCUCGAAACUUAUAAGCUAUCUGAGAUUUCUUUUCAAUAUAAAAAUCCAGUUCCCAUGAGUAUGAAGUUAGAGCAAGUAAUUCCAACUUUAGAAUACAACCAUUAUUUUAAAUCAGUAACAAUUCAAAAAAAGGUGACUUUUACCAUUUUUAUAAACAAAUUUCCAAACUUACCUUCUGGAAUAUCAGUGUUUUGGGAUUUUGAUGACGGAACUCCUCUUAAACAUUUUGAGCUUGUGUCACCGACUGUAACGCACACAUUUGCAGGCAAACGUGGAACUUAUAACAUGGUUAUCAAGAUGAAUAACAGUGAUAGUGAGUACACAGUUUACAAAAAUAUAACAUUAGGAGUUAUUAAACUAACGUGCAAUACUACAAAGUUUGAUUUAAGGUUUACCGACGUACAAUUGAAAGCAGAGGGAAUUUCUGGUGAUCCAUUUUAUUUUUUUAAUGUAAAUUCUGACAUUAACACUUUUGUCUCAAAAGAAACAUAUGAAGUGAACCAAAAUAUGAAUGGCACGACAUACACCUUCAGGUAUGCAAAAUUUGGGCUCUACAUUCCGUCUGUCUAUGGAAUACACCUUGACAACGAGAGAGAGACAGUAUAUCUUGAUGAACCACUUAUAGCAGACCUCUCUGUGGAAGAUGUCUUCGGUGUAAGUGUUCAACCAAUGCAAAUACCACUUCCUCCGGGAAACGCUUCUAUUUACGUGAUUUCAUCUUCGACUACCACAAGGCCAUUUGUUACUUGCGAAAUGAAACCUGGGGAUGCAGUUGACCGCGACAUCGUUUUCACUAAGAGACAAAAUGUAUCAUCUACUGAACCAAUGGUAUUUAGUUAUGCGUAUAAAAGCCUUGGGACGAAUAUUGUUGCCAUUAAGUGUUCAAACCACAUAUCUGUCAAAACAAUGGAAAAAACUGCAACGACUGUUAAUAGCUGUUUUGAUACUCGCGGCAUAUUUGAUCGUCAGUAUUCAAUACCAACAAAUCCAAUGAAAGUCUUCUCUGCAAAUGAUCUAUACAUUUCAAAUCGAAUGGAAAUUUUUUGUAAAGACAAUAUUAAGUUUUAUUGGAAACUGUUUCAAACUAAUAACACGGAAGAAUUCGGUUUACCGAUUGACUAUGAAAACCCAAUUCAAGAAGGUCAAGGUAGAAUGCUAAUAAGGAGAAAUACGCUAAGGGAAGGUUUAAUUUUCUUACAUCUCAAUGUGACACUAAGUACCACUUGGUUUCCGGAAUACAUGUAUAUUCAAUUUCAUAGCUCGCAUCCUUUUGCUUACAUAGUGGGUGGUGGUUACGUCAUUGGGUUAAAAAAUAUGACGUUUGACGCUUCGUCUGAAUCACGAGUUACUUACCUAGACCUUGGUAUCAAGGGGAAUCUCACCUUUACCUGGAAAUGUAAAAGAUUUUCACGUGCAUAUAUGAGUGUGGCUGAAAUUCGCAUCGAUGAAACACCACUAGACAACUGUUCCGUUAAGGAACUGUCACGUGGUAUUGUUCAACUGAGUUCCGUGAUGUCAACUGACUUAGAUUAUGCUGUUACGGUGACAGUACACGAGGGAUCCUUAGAAAGAACCUUUACCCAGAUUGCAUCAAUUACAGAAACAGGACCAUCAUUAGCUAUAAACUGUAGCUUAAAUUGUAAUGACAAAGUCGCUGUGUCGUCCAAACUGGCUCUUGUUGCUUGGUGCCAGUCUUGUGUACCAGGAGAUGACGUUAAAUAUGAUUGGCAUUUAUGGGAAAAUCUAAAUGGAAGAUAUGAACGGGUUCUAAUGUCAACAGAAAAUCAAGAAAACGAUACUACAUGCAACAGCCAAGCUUUUAAUGUGCCUAGUUUUGUUUUACAAUCUGGUAAAUCGUAUGUUGUGACACUGUUUGUCACAAUUGCCAACCAUACAAAACAUGAAAGGAAAAUCUACAGAAAAAUACAAACCAACACACCACCUACCGAUGGAGUAUGUUCGGUCUCAAAAGAUACAGAUGCGGUUACUCUGAUCAGCGUUAAUUGCUCAAACUGGACUGACCCUGAUGACAGUUUACAAACGUUUGUGUACCUGUAUGAAACAGUAAUACGCAGGAAUUUGACGCAUGGAAUAGAUGACAUUGUCUCAAUUGUUUAUGAAGGAAGUGAAAGCAGUAUUGCAGAUGUGCCUGUUCAGGCCGGGGAUCCAGUUUUUGGUUACAAUGUGACUGUCAGAGUUCGAAUCUUUGAUAUUUAUGGGGAUUACGCAACCUUUGUGAAAAACAUCACGGUGGUUUCAACUGAAGUAUCUUCCGAGAGCUUUGAUGAAAAGUUCAGUAAAUAUAACCUUUCUGGAAACGACAUACAGACGCUUAAUUUUAUAGGAGCAGCGGCAUCUUCUUUGAGGCAGCUUCCUUACACUGAUUCAACUACAAAAGAAGAAGAUGUCUUCCGUGGAGUGGAGUCUAUAUAUAUUGACGAUACAGAUGGAGGACCUGAAAUCAUAAACUAUCAACAAAGGGUAUUAAAGCUAAUCCGACUGGUAGAAAAGAUCAUCUCACCUGGUUGCAACAACACACACGGAAGAUACAACUUAGCAGACAUACAGACCAUAUACAGCACUCUUGAUGCACUGACUCGUUACCAGCCUUACCUCACACUGGAAGCUGUGAACACAACAACAGAUAUUCUGAAAACAGUUAUUGGUUGUUUGGAAAUUGAGACUGUUGAUCGCCCUCUUUCAACAACAAUGUUGGACAAAUUAACAUUAUUAGCCAAGGUUUUCCACCGAGUACUGGAUAAUACAUUGAACAAAAUGCUACCAGAAAAACUUCAAAAUUUAGAUGAGGAACUCUCAGAAGAAGACAUUAGAUCAACCAUCAUUGUACAAACUACUCGAUUUUUGCAAGAGACAUUUUUAUUGAAAAAAACGCAAGGAAACGUAACUUUAGACCAUCACCUUAUGAAUUUACGAGCCUCGUUUUUGUUUCAAAUAAGGUCACAUGAGCGAUCCAAGCAGAUUAAACAAAGAGAACUGGCACAAAGAAACAUUCCUUGCAUUAAAAACAUGUUGUCUGUCUUCAAUAAAAUUAUGGAGAAUACAAUCGCUCUUGGAGAGCGAUUAUUCCUUAAUGGUCUUCAUGUGCUUGAAAUAAUGAUUCGAAAAGUAUCAGGCAACAAUCUAUCAAACACCAACGAUCCAUUUUUUGCUGGACUGUAUCAAAGAAAUAAUUCCGAACAUCAGUAUUCCUACUUGACAAUAUCGAUUGCAAAUUUUUUAAGGAACCCCUAUAUUUACGGGGAAAAUGCAUCAGUGGCCACUUCGUCCGUACCUGUCAUAAAAAUACCGCAAAACGUAUCAGUGGAUUCUAAUGUCCCAAAUAUCGGCAAACCUGUGUAUAAGAGAUACAUUCCUUUAAUGAACCCAGCAUAUUCAGAGAAAAUGAUUUAUUUCACAUUUGAUUUAAUUAAUGAUGAGGAUGCUAGUAUUAUCUACAUCAAACCUGAUGGAUUUGAUAAAACUAGCCAAAGAAACAUGACAUUGUAUUCUUUCUUCUUUAGUUCUAAAACUUUUCCAAAAGCUACAAAUUUUGAUUAUUUAAAAGUCUUGGGAGUCAGAGAUUGGACCGAUUAUGGUUUUAAAGUUUUUUUACCAGGAGGUAUUUGUCGGAAAGGGAACUGCUUUCUUGGAAUACAACCACAUGCAGGGUCCAGCUCAGUUAAAAAUUUGUUAUCAAGAAAAAAACGAGCAGUAAGUAAUACCACAACUGAGGAACCAUUUGGGAAUGCGACAUCUCUGGAGUUCAUGCCAGUUGAGGCAAACGUUAGCUUAAUAUUCACAACCACGGGGUGUCGUACAUGGACUGAUGAUAACAAUUCAUGGACUAUGGAGGGUUGCACGGUACUUCCAAUGAGUGAUUUAAACUACACAGUCUGUCGAUGUACAGGAAACACGUUCUCUUCCUCGUUCUAUAUUCCUCCAAAUGUCAUCAAUUUUCUGACGGUGUGGGGGAAAUUUGACGCAUCGAACGCGUCCGUGUAUGGAACACUAAUAGGCGUCUUUAUAAUCUACCUGGUGGCAGUAAUCUUUCUUAGAAGACAAGAUAGAAAGGAUGUAGAUCAGUGGGCAGUGACGUUUCUCUCUGACCAUACUACAUCACAUGUGUACUUCUAUCUGAUAAGCGUUCAUACUGGAUUACGGAGAGAUGCUGGCACAAAAUCAAACGUACAGUUUAUUGUAACAGGAGACCUUUGUGAUUCUGGAAUUCGUGUUUUAAAAGACAGAAAGACAAAGGAAUUCUCUACAACCAGUGUUAACAAGUUUUUCUUUGGAACAACGGAGCCUUUAGGAGAUUUAUUGUAUUUAAGAAUAUGGCAUGACAAUUCAGGUCUACCUGGAUAUCAAAGUUGGUUUUUGGGCAAAGUAAUAAUCGACGAUUUGCAAACCAAAAAGAGGUAUUUCUUCUAUUGUAACAAAUGGCUGGCUAUUGAUGAUGGAGAUUGUACUCUUGAUCGCAUUAUUCCAGUAUCUGCUCCAAAUCUUAUUUCUCUUAAAAAACGUCUAUCUGACGAAACACAGACUCAAAUUCCGGAACACCAUUUGUGGUUAUCGCUGUUUUUCCGUCCACGACAAAGUAAAUUUACGCGUGUUCAAAGAAUCUCGUGCUUACUGGCUCUGUCAUGUUUAACCAUGAUAUCAAAUGCCAUGUUUUUUCGAUCAUCCUCAGAGAACCAAAAUGUGGAGCAAGUGACGUUUGUUUCUUCAAAUUUCUUCAUCAACACUAUACGUGUCUUGUGUUGGAAUUUUUAUUUCAACUCUACCUGUUUUAUUUGCUUCCCAUGUGUUUAGACAUAUAAACAACAAUAUAAAAACAAAACAAAAAUCUUCUAAAUCUAAACAUAUCAACAGACCUUAUAAGAGUAAUGAUAUCUCAGUUUCUCUGUCCGACGUUGAUACCGAUGUUUUUCAACAAGAAGACGACAA